AUGACGACUAUGAUCGCCCGUACGAUGGCUUUGAAGACGCGCCGCCGCCGCCGCCGCAGCAGCAGCAGCAGCAGCAGCCCAACGGCGUGGACGGUAACGGCGCGCAGAAUGGCGGUGCCGCGGGUUGGGGACAAGGGCGCAUGCUUGAUGGCGGGGCGCAGCAAUAACGAUGGCGAGAAGGGGGUGUGCGUGUUGAGGUUGACUAUUUGUAUAUAGGUUGCGCGCUUUAUUGUAACAACUACAGGCAAUGUUUCGCUGGCGGAGACUCUUUGCCGUCCUUUUUUUUUCCUUUUUUUCCUUUUUUUUUCCUUUUUUUCCUUUUUUUGAGAUAAUGUUGCGUUUAGGGGGGCGAUCAGGUGCAUUUGGUGGCAACAGACGGGUGAAAUCGGCAAAGUUGCAGCGAACAAGGGGUGACGGUGGUAACUUUGCAAGAGGUACCCAUCCGAUAGCGGUUUAUUUGUAAGGAUCACUAUGGUGACCAUAUCAAGUCUGAGGUGACAGGAAAGGAAUUUGUAGGUAAAGAUGGGGCGUCAACAGUUGAAAAUCGUGGACAGUGCAAUAAAAUGUACUAACGGGUGACUUUGGAU